GAAGAGCGAGCGGGAGUGCAGUUAGAGGUUGAGCGCACGGGGCAAAAUCUAUUUAAGCGCUCGAAAAACGCAAAAUUUGUCGAUUGUCCGUUCCGCUUUUUCUGUGUCUGUUUCCGUCGCGUGUCUGCGUGUGCGUGCGCGGUCGUUUGUGUGUGUGUUCGUUUUUUUGUUAUUUUUUUUUAAUCAACGACAACACAACAUAAAAUAAAAUACACAAAAUUUUGGAAGUAUAUUUAAAUGAUUUUGUUUUUGGUGAAUGAGAAAAUCGAGAAACGCAGUGGAAAACAUCACAAAAUAAAUAUGUUUUAAUCCAUUUUUAAACCAACAUUUUAACCAAUCGGAUCCAGAUAAUAUAUAAAAUUUUACUACGCUGACGAAAAAAUUGUGAAAACAAUGCAUUUAAUCAAAGUUAAGACUAAAUUCGCGCUAAAAAUGCCCGAAAUCGAAAAAAACUAGCGAAAAAACCAAUCCAAAAAUCGCACAAAACAAAGUUAACAAAAAAAGCCAGACAACAAAAGAGAGCCAGGAGCAAAAACAGCAACGAAAAGCAAAACGACGGCCCCAAAAUGUUGUACCAGCUAAGUAAAGCCACUACUAGAAUCCGACUCAAAAGGCAAAAAGCCGUUCCACAACAUUGCUGGCUCUGGAGCUUAGCAUUUCUGGCAGCAUUUACUCUAAAGGACGUUCGAUGUGCAGAUUUAGCCAUAAGUAUACCCAAUAAUCCCGGCCUGGACGAUGGGGCCUCAUAUCGGUUGGACUAUAGUCCUCCCUUCGGUUAUCCGGAACCCAACACAACGAUUGCCUCCAGGGAAAUCGGGGAUGAGAUCCAAUUCUCACGCGCCCUGCCCGGUACCAAAUACAACUUCUGGCUUUACUACACGAACUUCACGCAUCAUGAUUGGCUCACCUGGACGGUGACGAUAACAACAGCUCCCGAUCCGCCGUCGAAUCUGUCCGUUCAGGUGCGGAGCGGGAAGAACGCCAUCAUCCUUUGGUCACCGCCCACCCAGGGCAGUUAUACGGCCUUCAAGAUCAAGGUGCUGGGCUUGUCGGAGGCCUCGAGCAGCUACAACCGCACCUUCCAGGUGAACGACAACACAUUCCAGCACAGCGUCAAGGAGCUGACCCCGGGUGCCACCUACCAGGUGCAGGCCUACACCAUCUACGACGGCAAGGAGUCGGUGGCCUACACCAGCCGCAACUUCACCACAAGUCGAAGGACGCGGCAUAAAGAAUUGCUGGACAUUAAGAUUCUAAGAGAGCCCAACACUCCGGGGAAAUUCAUCGUCUGGUUCCGUAAUGAGACGACGCUGCUGGUCCUGUGGCAGCCACCGUAUCCGGCGGGCAUCUACACGCACUACAAGGUGUCCAUCGAGCCGCCGGAUGCGAACGAUAGUGUGCUCUAUGUGGAGAAGGAGGGCGAGCCACCGGGUCCGGCGCAGGCUGCCUUCAAGGGUCUGGUGCCGGGCAGGGCCUACAACAUCUCCGUGCAGACGAUGUCCGAGGAUGAAAUCUCCCUGCCGACGACGGCUCAAUAUCGUACGGUGCCAUUGCGUCCAUUGAACGUGACCUUUGACCGGGACUUCAUUACCUCCAAUUCGUUCCGGGUGCUUUGGGAGGCGCCCAAGGGCGUCUCCGAAUUUGACAAGUAUCAGGUAUCGGUGGCCACCACCCGACGUCAAUCGACGGUGCCACGUAGCAACGAACCAGUGGCCUUCUUCGACUUUCGCGACAUCGCCGAACCGGGCAAGACGUUCAAUGUGAUCGUGAAGACGGUGUCCGGCAAGGUCACCUCGUGGCCAGCCACCGGUGAUGUCACCCUGCGACCCCUGCCCGUUCGCAAUCUGAGGAGCAUCAACGAUGACAAGGCCAACACCAUGGUCAUCACCUGGGAGGCGGAUCCAGCCAGUACGCAGGAUGAGUACCGCAUUGUCUACCACGAAUUGGAGACCUUUAAUGGGGACACCAGCACUCUGACCACGGACAAGACUCGAUUCACCCUGGAGAGCCUGCUGCCCGGCCGUAAUUACUCACUAUCCGUGCAGGCGGUCUCCAAGAAGAUGGAAUCGAACGAGACGAGCAUAUUCGUGGUCACCCGACCCUCGUCGCCCAUCAUUGAGGAUUUGAAGAGCAUCCGGAUGGGUUUGAACAUAAGCUGGAAGAGUGACGUCAACUCGAAACAGGAGCAGUACGAAGUGUUGUACUCGCGGAAUGGAACCAGCGACUUGCGCACCCAGAAAACCAAGGAGUCGCGUCUGGUGAUCAAGAACCUGCAGCCAGGAGCUGGCUAUGAGCUCAAGGUCUUUGCGGUCAGUCACGAUUUGAGGAGUGAACCGCAUGCCUAUUUCCAGGCAGUGUAUCCCAAUCCGCCACGCAACAUGACCAUCGAGACGGUGCGCAGCAAUUCCGUUCUGGUCCACUGGUCUCCGCCGGAGAGCGGUGAGUUUACGGAGUACUCGAUUCGAUACCGGACGGACAGCGAACAGCAGUGGGUGCGCCUGCCCAGCGUACGGUCCACGGAGGCGGACAUCACCGACAUGACCAAGGGCGAGAAGUACACCAUCCAGGUGAACACGAUAAGCUUCGGCGUGGAGAGUCCGGUGCCCCAGGAGGUGAACACCACGGUGCCGCCGAAUCCGGUGUCCAAUAUCAUCCAGCUGGUGGACUCACGGAACAUCACGUUGGAGUGGCCCAAGCCGGAGGGUCGCGUGGAGUCGUACAUCCUUAAGUGGUGGCCCAGCGAUAAUCCCGGACGUGUCCAGACCAAGAAUGUCUCCGAGAACAAGUCGGCCGACGAUUUGUCGACAGUGCGAGUCCUGAUCGGCGAACUGAUGCCCGGCGUGCAGUACAAGUUUGACAUCCAGACCACAUCGUAUGGGAUUCUGUCGGGGAUCACCAGCCUAUAUCCGCGCACCAUGCCGCUCAUUCAGUCGGACGUGGUGGUGGCCAAUGGCGAGAAGGAGGACGAGAGGGACACCAUCACGUUGAGCUACACACCCACACCGCAGUCCUCCUCCAAGUUUGAUAUCUAUCGGUUCUCGCUGGGCGAUGCCGAGAUCCGGGACAAGGAGAAACUGGCCAACGACACGGAUCGCAAGGUGACGUUUACGGGUCUGGUGCCCGGUCGACUGUACAACAUCACCGUGUGGACGGUGAGCGGUGGUGUGGCCAGUUUGCCCAUCCAGCGGCAGGAUCGCCUCUAUCCGGAGCCCAUCACCCAGCUGCAUGCCACCAAUAUUACGGAUACAGAGAUCUCACUGCGCUGGGAUUUGCCGAAGGGCGAGUACAAUGACUUCGACAUAGCCUACCUCACCGCCGACAAUCUGUUGGCCCAGAAUAUGACCACCAGGAAUGAGAUCACCAUUAGUGACCUGCGACCCCACCGGAACUACACAUUCACGGUGGUGGUUCGUUCGGGCACUGAAUCUUCGGUUCUGAGGAGCAGUUCCCCUCUAUCCGCUAGUUUUACCACGAAUGAGGCUGUUCCCGGGCGUGUGGAGCGAUUCCAUCCCACCGAUGUGCAGCCCAGUGAGAUCAAUUUCGAGUGGUCGCUGCCCUCCAGUGAGGCCAACGGUGUGAUCCGCCAGUUCUCGAUAGCCUAUACCAAUAUCAAUAAUCUUACGGAUGCGGGAUUGCAGGACUUUGAUUCGGAGGAGUCGGUUGGUGUAAUCAAGAACCUCAAGCCCGGCGAGACAUAUGUGUUUAAGAUUCAGGCCAAGACUGCCAUUGGCUUUGGACCGGAGCGGGAGUAUCGGCAAACGAUGCCGAUACUGGCGCCACCACGUCCCGCCACCCAGGUGGUGCCCACCGAGGUCUAUCGCAGCUCCUCGACCAUCCAGAUCCGGUUCCGGAAGAACUACUUCUCGGAUCAGAACGGCCAGGUGCGCAUGUACACGAUCAUUGUUGCCGAGGAUGAUGCGAAGAAUGCCUCCGGCCUGGAGAUGCCCAGCUGGCUGGAUGUGCAGUCGUAUAGCGUUUGGCUGCCCUACCAGGCCAUCGAUCCGUACUAUCCCUUCGAGAAUCGAUCUGUGGAGGAUUUCACAAUUGGCACGGAAAACUGUGACAAUCACAAAAUCGGCUAUUGCAAUGGGCCCUUGAAAUCGGGAACCACAUACCGGGUAAAGGUGCGGGCGUUCACCGGAGCUGAUAAGUUCACGGAUACCGCUUACAGUUUCCCCAUUCAGACAGAAAUGCUGAGCUCACCGGAUCAAGACAACACCUCACUGAUCGUGGCCAUUACCGUGCCGCUAACGAUCAUCCUGGUGCUGCUGGUAACCCUGUUGUUCUACAAACGGCGACGCAACAAUUGUCGCAAGACGACGAAGGAUUUGCGUGCCAACGACAAUAUGUCACUGCCGGAUAGUGUGAUCGAGCAGAAUCGUCCGAUCCUGAUUAAGAACUUUGCGGAGCACUAUCGCCUGAUGUCCGCCGAUUCGGACUUCCGUUUCAGCGAGGAGUUCGAGGAGCUGAAGCACGUGGGCCGGGAUCAGCCGUGCACCUUUGCCGAUCUGCCCUGCAAUCGACCCAAGAAUCGGUUCACCAACAUCCUGCCCUACGACCACUCGCGUUUCAAGCUCCAGCCGGUGGACGAUGAUGAGGGUAGUGAUUAUAUCAAUGCCAACUAUGUGCCGGGACACAAUUCGCCGCGUGAGUUCAUCGUGACCCAGGGACCGCUGCACUCGACGCGGGAUGACUUCUGGCGGAUGUGCUGGGAGAGCAACUCGCGGGCCAUUGUCAUGCUGACCAGGUGCUUUGAGAAGGGGCGCGAGAAGUGCGACCAGUACUGGCCCAACGACACUGUGCCCGUCUUCUACGGGGACAUCAAGGUGCAGAUCCUCAACGACAGCCACUAUGCCGACUGGGUGAUGACCGAGUUUAUGCUGUGCAGGGGCAGCGAACAACGCAUCCUGCGGCACUUCCACUUCACCACCUGGCCGGACUUUGGAGUCCCCAAUCCGCCGCAGACACUGGUGCGGUUCGUCCGCGCCUUCCGCGACCGAAUUGGAGCGGAGCAGCGGCCCAUUGUGGUCCACUGCAGUGCCGGAGUGGGCAGGUCGGGCACCUUCAUCACUCUGGACCGCAUCCUGCAGCAGAUCAACACGUCGGACUACGUGGACAUCUUCGGCAUAGUGUAUGCCAUGCGCAAGGAGCGCGUUUGGAUGGUGCAGACGGAGCAGCAGUACAUCUGCAUCCACCAGUGCCUGCUGGCGGUGCUCGAGGGCAAGGAGAAUAUCGUGGGACCCGCUCGCGAGAUGCACGACAACGAGGGCUAUGAAGAUGACGAGGGCAUUGCAGAGUCGGGCAUGUAAGCCCAUUCCAAAACUUAAGUCCCCGGCCAAUCCCAACCAGUCCAAACCAACUCAACUCAACCGAAUGGAACCCAACCCAACCAUCAUGUGGCAACUACAUUAUUAUUUACUUAAGGGACGCAGUGAGGGGAGCGCGGAGGAUAAACGCUUGAUAUUAUACUUGGAUAUAUGUGUACUACACCGGAUACUACUGGAUAUAUAUACUCUACACCGAUCUAUCGAAUGGGAAUGCAGCAAUCUCGCCAAACAGAACGAACACGCAUCAAUUUAUACAUUUUAUAUAUAUCUAAGAUAACGAGGAAUCGGCGUACAUUGUAACCGCGAUCGCCGCUUAAAACCGGCGAUACUGAAUACUGGAAUACUGAUUGUAUUUUUACGCUAGCCACAAUUUGAUAUAAACUAUAUAUCUUCCAAUUUUUUUGUACACCUAAUGUUAGUUGAAAUAUGUGAGCGAGACGAGCAAACUUUUGUAGCAAUCUAAAAGCGCUAAAUGUUUACUUUUUUAUAUUAUUAUAUAUAUAAAUACUUGAUAAACAUAUACCUAAUAUUAGACCUAAACUAAACUAACUAUAAAUCGCACACACUCAUACACUCACAAAAACACAAUGCAAUAAUUGAGUUACAUAGUUUUAAAAAAAUAAUGUUACAACAUUUUGCUGCAACUGUCGGAGAUGUAGUGUAAAAUUUUAAUUUUUUCUUUUUUUUUCUGUUUUGUGUUUAAUUCUUUGUAACCUUUACAAGGCGUAAACUGUGUAUGUUUGUGCUACAUUAAUUUUGUUUAAUUAUAUAAAGUUUUAUUUAAAAAUCGAAGACCAUUUUGCAUUCUCUUCAUUUGAAUUUGGCGCUUACACUUAACACUUAUAUAGGUCCAAAACAGAGGGCGCUGGAAAUCAAUCCAAUCAUCAAAACGUAAUGUAAAACACCGAUAUUAAUGUUUUAAAAACACCACAAUAACUACACACACAAUGAGAAAACAGUCGUGUUUCCGUUUUCACUUACUUAUUGCGGUUCAGUCUAAUAUUAUGAGGAUAAAAUACAAAUUUUGAAUACAAAAAGCAAACUAAAUUGAUCAAAAUUCUUGUAUAUAUUUAUAUAAUUUAGUGUUUUGUGAUCUAAUUUGUACUAACUCGUUUUUAAGUGUUUGCUUUUUGAUUAAUUAGUUUCUCAACUCUAAUUUUUUUUCGUAAAAUAAUUAUUUAAACCAUAAUUGGACUUAAACCUUUUAAAUUAUUUUUAAAUUACGUUUAUUUAAAAUCAUCUAAAAUUACAAAUCAAAUAAAAAAUUGAAAACGUCAUAUUUGAUGGAUUUUAAAGUCAUAAAAAUCUGGCGACUAUGAAGUUAAAUUCCGGCAAUAAAGUGAAUAUGGAAGCUCAGCUGAUAAACAGACAGCACAAAUAAAACAACAGGAACAAAUGACCAACGCAUUUCGUAAGGCGAUAAUCAUUUACACGAAAACCAAUAAGAAUAACAGGAUCCCACGCAAACUGUAGACUAACUAACAACAAAGUUAAGGGCUACUUAACAGAGCCGGUGCCAAAGUAAAAAAAGAAACACACCUACACACGACAACUAACUGUAACAAUAGCAAUAAACUUAAAUAAAAAUUGUAGUCCAAAUAAUUUGCAUACAUUUGAAUUUGUCCAAACUUAGUUGAAUGAUUAACCGAACUGUGAAAGAGUGCAAUAGAAAUCGUUUUGCUUCUAGAUUAGUGAAAAUGCAACGAAUCCAUUUUUUUGAGUACGAACUAUCCCUAAAUCCUCAAAAACAAUAAUUACAUAUAUAUGCAAAAGCUAGAGAAGAUGAAACUAGAAAGUCUGUAUAAUGCAUACAUAAUAUACGACUCCAUUAUACACGUACUAAGGCCGAUGAAUAACAUAUGCAUAUACAAUAUAGACAUAUAUUAAAUAUAUAUCAUUGUAAUAAUUUGUAAUGUUUAUCAGUAGAAUUAUGAUCUGAGGUGGAGCAGAAGAGUAAAACGCAAGCAGAGAUCCAUUAAAGUGUACUGUAAAAUGUG